AUGACCGCCUUCGAGUACGAGGUCAAGCAGUAUUCCCACAAUAAGGUCUCCGAUCUCAACGCCAAUUACAUCCCGUACGUGGUCUUCGGUAACUACGGCUCGACGAAAGGAUACACCAACUUCGAUCCGCAGGAAUACGGUCUCCAGCCGCUGAGUGUGAUGGCAGUGGUGUGCGGUGACCAUCUGGUGUAUGGCGUUUGGGGCGAUACCAAUGGUGAUGAUGGCCCGCCGGUGGUGGGAGAGGCUAGUAUCUCUCUAGCAACUGCAUGCUUUGGUGACGGCAUUACGGGCAACAACGGACAUGACGAGACGGAUGUCCUGUUCAUUGCCUUCCCGGGGAGUGAGGAUGGUACUGUGAACAGAGACGCCGAAUGGGGAGCAACGGACUUUUACACGUUUGAGGCUUCGAUUGAGUGGCUCGGAGACGACCUGGUCAGCACGCUGUGCAACGAAGAAGAGGAACGCAAGCAGAAGAACUUUCAGGCUCACGAGAACUCCCGGCCUUCAACCCAGCGAGCACUCGCACUCACACACCCACACCAACCCCCCAACACCAGAACCAUGUUCUUCUCGUCCUCCCGCCGCCCCUCCUCCGCCCGCCGCAGCUCCUCCAGCUACCAAGAUCUCGGCGGCCUCCCCUCCCCCGCCGAGUUCAACUCCGGCCGCCGCAGCUCCAAUUACGGCAGCACCACCUCAACCCGCUACAUCCCACGCCCGACCCGCACCUACACGAUCAAAGCCUCCAUCUGCCAGCACCCGAUCCGCGAGUCCACCUCCCUCCCCUGGUCUGGCAGCACGCUCGACUUCGACGUCCGCUACUGCCGCGCCUGCGAGAACUCGAACCGCAUCCGCGACGAGCGGCGGGAAGCCGAGAGCUCGUACACGCGCAGCCGAGCCGCCUACGACGCCGGCACGAGACGGCGGAGCGCUCAUAAAGAGGAUCUCCGCCGGUAUGAUCGUGCUAGGAUCGAGUACCAGGAAGAUCUCGACUUCCAGUCAGACCGCGAUGACCGCGAACGGCGCGCUCGAGGCCGUCCGACGUUGCGGGAAGAAGCGCGCGCCUUCGCGGGAAAAGACGAUCCAGAGUGGUUGGCGUUCAAGAACGAAGUCCGCGGCUACCCUUCCCCCAACCCACGCCACGCACGCUUCGACGAAGCAGUAGCGCACCGGCGUGAGUCCCAGUACCGUCCGCAAAAACGGUACCGACGGGACAGUAGGAAGUACCGCGCGGGCAGCCACUCAGAUACCUCUGGUCUCGGCUUCUGGGACACGAGUAAUGUGGAGGUGCCGACGCGGUCGCAGAGUCCGAGGCGCGAGAGCUCGAGACGGCAGAGCAGGCGGUUCGAGGAUUUCGGGGAUGAGGAUGGGUAUCAGGAUUACCUUGAUACGUUCUCUAGCGAGCAGCUGCAGUCGAGGAAAGGGAGGUUGGAGAGGGAUCUGGAGCGCUUGUGCAGAAGGUAA